AAGUGACUGCGUCACUAACUCACUAGUUUGUUGUGGAGCAACUCACGCGUGUUUUUUAUCAACAAAUUAAUGUUGUGGAUUUGUUUGUUGUUGUUGUUUUGUGUUACGGAAUAUUAUAGUUAAAAAGAUGUACUAAAAACAGCUUGGAACUUCGGGCGCGACCCUCGUUCACUGUAGCAACAGUUAAUCGAAGGGCUUAGUGAUAAUGCCUAAAUUAAAUGAAAUCACCACUUAUAACAGUCGAAAAAAACAGUUAAAUAUAAAUGUCCCGCCAUCAUUUCCGCCAUUGGAUCAAAUACAGACGAUAGUUUUAAAGGACCAUGAAGGCAAACCCUACUUAUUCAAAUUAUUCAAAGAAAACUCCGAGUCGGCAUCAGAUGCAUUGGACGAUUCGAUUGAAUGUGAUAACUUAGUUAUUGAUUUGCAUAAAAUCAAAGAAAUUUUCGAGAUAUUGACUGAUGACCAACGUAACAUUGUGAUGCAUGUUUAUUUUAUGUACAAAAAUAAUAAAAAAAGAAUUGUGCAGAAUGAAUUUGGUGAAAUUUAUGAAGAUAAUCCAAAAAUUAUACUGCAAGGCCCAGCAGGCACUGGAAAAAGUACUAUUAUUGAUUUUAUAGAGAAAUUAAUAACAUGGGAAGAAAAUAAAACGUCAGAUACACCAGAAAAAAUAAAGGUAUUAAAAUGUGCAUUCACCGGGAAAGCUGCUUCUAAUAUUGAUGGUGUAACAUUGAAUCACAUGUUUUCAAUACCCAUUUACAAUACAAGAGGAAUUGGUAAAAAACGUCUUGAAUCUAAAAAAGAAUUGUUAGCAAAUUGUAUAUUUUUCAUAUGUGAUGAAAUAUCUAUGGUCGGUAAAAGAUUAUUGGAUUCGGUAAAUAUACGCUUACAGUUAAUAUUUGAUAAUGACAAUUUGUAUGGCGAUAGAUUUGUUUUAUUAGUUGGUGACUUAUAUCAAAUUGAUCCAGUGGGCGAAAAACCUAUUUAUCCAAAUUCACAAUUAUGGACGUGUUGUGAAUUUUAUGAAUUAAAUAAGAUUAUAAGACAACAAGAUGAAAAAUUUAUUAAUGCCCUAAAUAAUUUUAGAGAUUCUAAAAUGACAGACGAGGAUAUUGAGUUAUUGAGAUCACGAGAAAUAGAAAAUAUCGAUCAAAUUUCAGAUUCAGUUAUUCAUUUGUUUUAUCUAAAUACUGCUGUAGAUAAGUUCAAUAUCGAAAAAAUAAACAAAUCAAAUGGAGAAGAAGAAAUUGUAAACGCUAUUGAGGAUAAUGAGGAUUGGGUCCCGGGUAAUCUGCGAGUAAAGGUAGGUAUACGAUAUAUGAUUACAAAAAAUAUGGAUGUAGGAGAUAGUUUGGCAAACGGUACAACUGGAAUUGUAAAAGGUUUCGAUUAUAAUACAGACGGCGAUGUAAAUGUAAUUUGGAUGGAAUUCCAUUCUAAUGAAAUUGGUAAGAAAAUCAGAUCGAAAUAUUUCAAAAAACAUAGUAAGCCCGGUUUUGAACGUUGUGUCCCUAUUCACCAAUCAAGUAUUGUUGUUAAAUUAAAAUCUGAUCCAAAAGUUGCUCGAACAUUUCGUAAUAUGUUUCCUUUGAAAGCAGCCGAAGCAAUAACAGUGCAUAAGAGUCAAGGACAAACAUUUCAUGACGGCGUAUGUAUACAUAUCACCGACAAUCGGAAAGACAGAUUAAGAUUUGAUAAGAGCUUGCAAUAUGUUGCAUUAACUCGUGUUAAACGGCUUGAAGACUUGUACAUCUACGGAAACUUUAAUUUUGCUUCUGUAAAAAGCGAAAAAUUUGUUCGUACAGAAAACGAAUUGAAUAGACUGCGAACUGAAAGAAAACUGAAACUAGCAUAUGAAACAUUUGAAGAUAAAAUUGGCGAUGUUAUAAUUUUUUUAAAUACAGGCCAUACUUUUAAUGAGCAUUAUCAGUUUAUUACUACUGAUAAGUGGUAUAGUAAUGGGUCACUAUUGAUAUUUACAGACACAAAUACCAUUAAUUCAGAUGAGAUUAGGAUACCAAAUUUCGAGGUAAUAUUUCGAUCUAACAAUAAGAUGACCUUGAGAUCAGGCGGAGGAAUUAUUUGUUACAAAGAUGCUAAUAAAUCUGUGGAUAUAGUUAGUUCAAUAUCAGAUGAUGCAAACAAAAGCUAUUUGACGUUACUGCUUUAUGAAAAGUUUUUAUAUAUUGUAAUUGGUGACAAAGGAAAUUCGAAUGACGACUAUUAUAAACAGGCAAUACUUAAACUAAUUUCCCAGUAUAUAGGUGCUAGAAAAUGUAUAUUUUUUAUUGGAAAUAUGGAUCCAAAUAAAGGAUCUUUAGCUUACUAUUUCAGUGGGUUGGACUUUGAAAAGAAGUUUUCAAAGAAAAUAUUGACCACAGAUGAAAAUAAUCAACACGAUAUGAUAUAUUCACGAAAUUUUAAUAUUCCGUACGACAACAUUGGCUGUUAUGAAUAUAUUCCUUCGUCCCAUAAGCCCAUUUAUGUAAAGUUACCCACAAAGUAGGCACUAAUAACGAAAAACAAUGGCAUUUACUUUGCAGAUUAUGAAGAAUCUAAUAAGUACACCAAUGGAAUUGAAUUAGAUUAAGUUGUUGAAAACAUUUAGUUAUAUUCAAUAAAUAUUAUAUAAAAAGAACGACAAUAAACCUAAAUGCUUUCAAGAAAAAUUACGCAUUAAUUGCUGUACCUACAGUUUAGGAAAAUUGCUGUAUUUUAAAUUACUUUUGGUUGCUAAUCACAUGACAGUUAGCUACCUCCAGUGUGUGAAUAUGUAUCGGGUCACACGCGCGGCAGACGUGAAACCUGCCCUGCAUAUGGGAGCUUGGUAUUUUUAUGGGAAGCUUGUCUAUGGCAUGUCUAAUGUUGUUUGCUAAUACGGUUGGUCGCUUUAGGAAGAAGACUUUUUUAAGAGAUGAUUAAAAAAAUACAGACAUUCCGUGAAGGGUGACUUUUGUUUAGUUAUUAAUAUAAGACUGACUUAUUUGUUGUUAUAUUCUGUUUGUAGUGAACGCAAAAAAACAGACAAUUAAUUAUAUUUUUAUGUAAAUUAAACGAUGACGUCGUUGUCAUCGUCGUCAGCGAUACAUAUCAAAUACUUUUACUUGUUUACAUAAGACUUUGGUAGUUUACUGUAUUUUUUUUUCACCUGCCUUAGGAAAAGACAAAUAGAAAAAAAGACAACGGAAAUUAUAGAUUGAGGAUAGAUACUAAGUUAUAAAAUUAAUAUGUUCACUCUGAAUGCUAGAUAACAUUAAUCAUACUUUAAAAUAGAUGAAUUGUUACAUAAUUUAUUAGGGAAUACAAUAAAAAAAUACUCGAUACAUUAAUUGUAAACAAUAGAAAAUAAUGUCACAAUUCUUUGAUCUCGCUGCAUACUACGAGUUAAUAUGCACUUAAGGUUAAUUUAGACUAGUAUUACCUAUAACAUAAGGUUAUAUCUUAAAAUACAUUGAAUUUUUA